AUGAGUUUUAAUGGUCUAACCAAAAUUUCUAUGCAUGUUUGUGACGUUCUUUGCCAUAAAAAAAUAUUACAACCUGAGAUUGAGAAAUUCCAAGAAGGAUUUGAGCGGAAUGAGCGAUUCCGAGAACUGGAUGGACUUGUAAGGAGAAAUCAAAGAGUAAGGUUUAAGUUUUAUCAUUUGUGUUUCUUAGAUCGUGGAAGCUUUGGACGAUUUUGAAAGAAUAGAUGUAAAGUGUUUCGAAAAAAUUACCGACCAACUAAAAAAACUAAGGGAGAUCUUGGAUGACGUUGAUUCAGUGAAAUUUUCCAACGUGAGUUUUUUAUAUCACUUUCAGUUUAUUAUUUUAGGCUGAUUUACGAGAAAUGGAUCUUGACGAUAUUUCCCAAAUUAAAUUUAAGAAUCUGGCAGAUAAGAAGUUUUCCGAGUCUCAGAAAGUGGAACAUUUGGGUGUGAUAUUAGAGUCAAACUGAUCUCGUUGUAAUUUAUAUGAUGUGUGCAUAAACAGACGAAUAUUUAGAUUUAUUUUUUGGUGAAUUGUUAGAUGCCUCAUACCUAUGUAACUUGUCAUCUUUGCGCUUACUAAUACGAUUUUAAGAGAUGGCGAAUAAGCGGUCAUCGUUGAAGGCUUCCAGAAAUGGAACUUCGACGGACAAGACAAAAAGAUCAACUGUAGGUGCUCAGAAGGCCAGGUCAAACCAUUCUCUUAAUCCAGACCGGAAGGUGGAAAAUGCUGGGGUUGGGACCAGAAUGAGGUCCAAGGCGACAAUUAAUAGGUUGAGGAUGUACAAGAACUUCAAAGCGAUCAGGUAUGCUGUGAAAAUUUUUAUUAAGUUUAUCUUUAGGGAUCCGAAAGGAAAGAUUAUAAAAGCGGCGCCUUUUCAAGGUUGGCUCAAUUCCGGAACUGUGGCCAGAGUUGAACCGAGUCGUAAAUGGUUUGGUACGUUAUAUAUUGUCAUAAAUGGUCCGAUAUAUUUAGGUAAUACUAAGGUGAUCGGACAAGAACAACUCCAAAAGUUUCAAGAGAACAUGGGAAAAGUAAUGAAAGAUCCCUUCCAGGUUGUUAUGAGGCAGACGAGACUACCUAUUUCUUUGUUGCAAGAGAAGGCCAAGGUGAGCGUUGAACUGUAUUUUUGAGGCAUUGUUUAGCAACGACGAGUUCAUGUUGUUGAUACGGAAAGUUUUGAAUACACUUUUGGAAAAAAAGCUCACAGAAAGCAGGCCAAUGUGGGUGCCAAAGACCUGGACGACCUUGUUCGCGAUGCGGAGACGAGGUCUGAUGGAUAUAAGGUUGACGAUGACAAGUCACUUUUGAGUAAUCAGGAGCUGGAUGAUCGUCAAGUAAAUCAGAAUCCGCUGUUUCGAGCGGGUCAAUCCAAUCGAGUUUGGGGGGAACUUUACAAGGUUCUGGACUCUUCGGACAUUGUUGUGGAGGUUAUCGACGCUAGAGAUCCCGAAGGAACUCGUUGCAAGCAUGUCGAGGAAUUCUUGAGGAAAGAAAAACCUCAUAAACAUCUAAUUCUGGUAUUGAAUAAAGUGGAUCUUGUUCCUACUUGGGUGACAGUAAGUUUAUUCUCGCAUUUUAUUGUAUUUUUAGAAAAAAUGGGUCCAUAUUUUGUCCAAAGAACUGCCAACGAUUGCUUUCCAUGCGUCCAUCCAACACAGCUUCGGCAAAGGGUCUCUGAUAAAUGUCCUAAGGCAAUUCCGGCAAUUGCACAAGGAUAGACAACAGGUAUUUUUAACAAGAACGUACUAUUUUUAUGUUUGUUUUUAGAUCAGUGUGGGAUUUGUCGGCUAUCCAAAUGUUGGAAAAUCGUCGGUUGUAAAUACCCUGAGAAAGAAGAAAGUAUGUAAAGCUGCCCCUUUGGCCGGGGAGACGAAAGUUUGGCAAUAUGUAACGCUUAUGAGGAAGAUAUUUCUGAUCGAUUGUCCAGGUGUUGUCUAUCCUCAAGGAGACACGGAAACCCAAACCAUUCUCAAAGGCGUGGUAAGUUGUAAUUGUUUUAAUCCACGAUUUCUUGAGGUCCGUGUGGAAAACGUGUCUGAUCCAGAGAAUCAUAUCCAGGGAGUCCUGGACCGAGUCAAACCCGUGUAUCUACGAAAACAUUACAAUUUGUACAAAGAUGGAGCGGAUGAACAAUGGGAUUCUGCUGAAGAUUUCCUCACGCUGAUUGCUAUUAAUUCGGGAAGGCUGUUAAAACAUGGCGAGCCUGAUUUGAAUACUGUCGCGAAGAUGGUUCUGAACGAUUUCCAGCGUGGAAAACUUCCGUACUAUGUGCUUCCACCAGGUCAGGAAUCAGAGGAGGGUGGAGAUGACGAGGUAAGCAAUGCGCCUAUUUUUAAAAUAAUGACUAGGCUCCGAUUAACGAAGUGGAAGAGGACGAAAAAGAAGUCAUUACUGAUGCAGAAUCCAUGAAGGGGGAUGAUUCCGAACUGCCUGAUAGUGAAGAUUUAAAAGAGGAGGUCAAGGAGGAGGUGGAAGAGGAAGAAGAAUUCACAGAUCUCGAGAGUAAUUGUUCCGGGCUCUCAGAUCUGUCUGGGUUGUCUGAUCUGGAAGAGGAUCUGGUGUCAGAAGCCGAACAACCGAUAGACGUGGAAGUAGGUUAUCGAGUGCGAACUUAGACUGAACCCGACAUCCCUCCACGAGGGAAUCCUGACUGACUGAACCCCCAAAACAAAAACUUCGUAACCCCCGAUGACGAUAUGGCGAAAGUAACAAAAUCUGGCCAAAUUCAAUAAAUAUAGGCCGAAGUGCCAAAGAUGACCAAAUUAUAAAAAAUUGGCCAAAUGGAAGAAAUUUUAUGAAAAUGGAAAAAAAAUUUACCAAAGUGAAAAAAAUUGGUUAGUCUCGGGCUUAGGCUUAAUUUAGGCUUACACGGAAGUACUCCAAUUGCGACGCUUAGAUUUUUGAUGACACAUGGCAUAAUUUUAGGUUAAUUUUUUCUAAGAUAUAUGCGAGAAUCCGAGCUCGCGCUUUUCAAAAACGACCGAGAUUUUUACGAAAAUUUGAGACUUUUUGCCGAAUUCUGGCACGAAAAGUUUCGUACCUAUUUCUACCGUAAAGGGUGAUAUUUCCAUAAAAAAUCCUCUCGGCGGCAAAGAUCGUUCAAUAUCUCGGUGGCGCUUGCAAAGCGCGAGCUAAAAAUUUCAGGAAUGAUGUGUGGUCUAUGCCCGAUGUGUGUGAAAAAUUUAAAGAAAAUCUGAGUGUUGCACUUAGGGUACUUCCAAAAAAAAAUUUUCAAUUUGGCCACAGCUUAGUACAUAGGCCAACGUUUGUUCAAUUUGAGGGGUUCAGUCAGGCAUUAUAAUAAAUAGUAGCGCCAUAAAGUCCUGACACAUUUGCACGGUGCGUUUUUCUUUCGCGCGCGACAAACGUGUCAGGACUUUAUGCCGCGACUCGUAUCGAGUGCUCAUCAUAAUGCCGGUUUUUAGAAUAAGGAUCAGAAAAGAGGACGUGGAAAUCGAGCUGGGAAGAAGAUACAGGAGAAAAGGAAGAGAAUUGAGAAACUGAAGAAGAAGCAGCUCGUUACUUCAGUUGUAAAUGACACCGGGGUAAGCCCUCAAAAGAAAAUUUAUUCGUAUACGAUUUCAGGACAGUAAAAUUGUCGACUUUACUCGUGAUCGGGUCAGGAAUAUGUGGUUCAAGAAACUUCAAAAGAGAAGAAAAGUGAAACAUCAAGUGUAA